AUGGAACCAGCUCAAGUACGGGCGCUCGUGGAAGCAGCGGUAGCAGCAGCGCUACAAAAUCAAAAUGUGAUUCAAGCCAUUCGCCCACCUCAAGCUGUACGCCCUGUAAUUCCAUUCGCAGUUACUCCAGCCGGAACUGGGAACGACGCGUGGGACUUCACUUCCGGAACAGGGUUGAAGAUCUUUAUGGCGGCCACCGCCCCCUUUCACAUCAUUUAUGACGGAAAAGAGUUAAACUUACGUGACUUCUUGCGUAGGGUGUGGCACAGAGCUGAAGCCUUUGGGUGGACCGACAUUCUCUUCGUGACCGACGCAAGCGGAACGGCACGCAACAUCACCAAGGAGCACGGGUGCCUCACUAUCGAACUCGUGAAAGCUCACGCACUCGUCUAUCUGCGACAAGCCAAUCGCAGACACCAAGCCUCAGCAUGUCUCAGACAAUUGCUCAUCGGAUCAAUUACCUCCAAACUAGCUGACCGACUCACCAACAAGAAAGAAAGCUACACAAUCAAUGCUGCUCCAGCAGCGCAAAUUGGACAACCAGCUCCAGCUCCCAUUCCUACUGAGGACGGGACAUGUAUGCUUUUUGAAAUCAUCAAGCUUGUGUCAGUCGAGACCAAAGCAACAGUGGCUCUCAUCUCAAAGCGACUGGCCAACCUCGAAGUUGUCAUGGAAGAGUGCAAGUCCAACAUCGACGUCUUUAAUGAUGUCGUGGAUGAUUUGAUCUCCCAGUUGGAAGCUCGUGAUGUUACCGUCCCGGACAUGCUCAACCCCUUAUUCGAUGGGUACAGCAACUGCGCUGAUGCCAACUUCGUCAAGUACAUCGCGACCAAGAGAGAUGCAUACUAUGAUGGCACAUUGGUGAUCACUCACUCGGCACUCAUGGUGUCAGCCCUCGAGAAAUACAAGAUCAUGAAGGAUAUGAAACUUUGGCUCAAGAAGUCUGAUGAGGAGCUAGAGCUGAUCACGCUCAAAGCCGAACUAACCAAGCUCAAGACUGCUCCAAAGACUGCUCCUACCGCACGUAGUGGAGGAGAUGGAAAGGGAAAGAGUCAGAAGCAGAAGAUGGACGACAAACACGCAUGGAAGCUUGUCUCACCCAAGGAAGGAGAAGCGCAACAGAAGACUGUUAACGGCAAGAAGUACAUCUAUUGCCCUUACCAUCAGACCACGAAGUGGGUUCUCGAAAUCAACAAUAAAGGGGUGGUCCAUCGUACUGGUUGCGAGAAAAUGAAGGAGGCACUUAUCGCUGCCAAAGCAGCCAAGGAGAAUCCAGCGGCUCCGGAACAGGAAGCAGCUGCUGCCGCCAUGGCAAACGCCAUUGAGGAUGUUGGCACCGAUACGUUGCUGCCCAUCGUUGAUGAUGAAGAACUCUGA